AUGAUUCAAGCACAGAUGUGGUUCGGUGCAACCGGGGAUGGCAAAAAAAGUUUCAACCAUCAUGAAUGUUGGGAGGUGGUGAAAUAUUGCAAACGCUUCAUAAUUAUUCCCACGGGUCCCGCCGUUGUGUUAAACGAGACGCCACUCCAUGAUUCAACGACAUCCGAUUCACCUCUCGAUUCCCCUAUGAGUCAAGACUCACCCAUCGAAAAGGAGCCGAGGCCCAUUGGCCGAAAGGCUGCGAAGGCAAAGAAAACGGAAACGCCAAGAUAUAGAGGUGGCAAUUCAAGCCGAGUGUGCAUGAGAAAGGGAGUAUUUGUGCAAAAAAGAUAUGGAGAAGACGGAUUGGGAAACCACCAUGACGAUGGAUACAAGCCAUAUGUCCCCUGA